GAAAAAGUAAACCAAUAAAGCGUCGCAUUUAUACUAAUCCUUUUCCCAACUAUAUUUGGCAUAUUGAUGGGAACCAUAAACUUGUUAGAUGGAGACUUGUCAUACACCAUGGUAUCGAUGGUUUUAGUCGAUUAGUGGUAUUUGCACAUUGUUCUUCAAACAAUCGAGCAACUACUGUUCUAUAUCACUUCUUAUGUGCUGUCUCGAAGUAUGGGCGUCCUUAUAGAAUUCGUACCGAUCUUGGUGGCGAAAAUGUUGACAUCUGGCACAACAUGAUUUUAACACGAGGCAAUGAAACUAAGCCGGUUGUUGUAGGGAAUUCAGUGGACAAUCAGAGAAUCGAAAGACAUAACAGAGCACUAAAUGAACAAGUUCUAACAAGUUUUAGAUCUGAAUUUUAUGCACUUGAAAGUGAAGGUGUAUUGAAUGUCAAUAAUGACACUGAUAUAUUUUGCCUCCAUUCAGUGUAUCUGCCACGAAUCAACAAAAUCCUUGACGAGUUUGUUGCUGCUCACAACAGCCAUAAAAUAUCUACAGAAGGAAACAAAACACCUGAACAAUUGUUUUGGGUUAACAUUAGAAAUGCAUACCAUGAAGAUGAUAUGCUACCAAACACAAGCAAUCUUGACAUUGAAGAACUAGCGUCAAGUGAUUUACCUCACGUCAAUGUACCAGAUAUAUCAUGCCCUUUGCAAGGUGACUUACAGUUGCAAAAUUUUAGUACAUUCAUUCAAUCUCUUUCGGCAGUGAGCGGAAAAGCAGCAUACCUUGAGGCUGUUCGUUUCUUGGGACAGUCAAUGCUUGAUGAGCAGAACCCUGAAGAUUUGCAUGCACAAUAGAUGACUUGCCUUUUUUACUUUUGCUAGCAGGCAGAUUUGGUCUAGGGCUUUUGGAGAACAUUAGCAACAAUGGUCAACCUCUCUUGGGAUUGAUCUGCCAGCCAGCAAAACGUAAACAAGACAAGUCAUAUAUGAGUAGUAAAAAAAUAUAGUCUUCACUUACUAUUUUAUACAGUAAUGACAUGCUAAGAGGAAUAUAGAUACGUCAGUUAGAAAUACGUUGUUUUACAUCAUUACCAAAUCGUAAAUUAAAUCAACACAACUAUUGCUUAA